AUGUCUUCACGCCGAUAUAUAGAAAUCACGCCUCAUACUCGAUCUAGUUCCAUUGAGAGCGAGAGAAGCGGAGGAAACGGUCCGGGCUCAAGACGACAGUCGUUAAGUCGUCAAUAUGUGGAGAUCACGCCCCAUUCUCGAUCUAAUUCCAGCAGCCGCCUCAGAGGCAGAGAAAGUCCUGCAAGUGACGACGAUCAGGCUUUGAGCUUGAAUAUCUGGGGCAGAGGCGAUACGGGACCGCAGCGUCCAGGAGCCCAUUGGGGCCUAACGACCUCUAGCCGCGGAUCUACCCAAGGGGAUCUCUUCCAUGUGCGGAAAGCAGCGAACAAUAGUGACUUCCAGUACGAACGCAAACGAUUUCCGCUCGGAUCGAAAUCAUCGUACGGUCGAAGCGAGUUGACAAGGCUGUCUCGCUCAGGCAGGCAACGCGCUGCAAAAGUGCUGGACGAAUAUGGCGAGAAUGUAGACAACCUACCUGUUGAUGGUGCGAACUGUCGAGAUUGGGUGCUCGGGUCUGUUGGCGCUCUUGAGGACGCAAACAUAGUUCCUCGUGGGACCCGCGAAUACUGGAUGGAUAACAGAGAGCUUCCGUCCCGGGAAGUCGCCGCACGUCUCAAAAAGGACGGACGGUCUUGGAUCCCAAGACGCGGCGCCGACGCGCAGUACACCGGGAAAAUCGAUGCCAAAUUCGAGAGUCGACGCCCAACAAUGAGGACGCCCGGCAAACUGGAUAUGUCCAAAUUCUCCCAUCUUUUUAAAUAA